GGCCGCAGGAGGGGGCCGCGUGCGACUGUUUUCGAUAAUCGUCCGCGCGUUCCGUACGUGAAGAUCGGCCGGGACGGUCGCAGUCACGUUUGCGUAAAAACGGAUAUACGCCCAGAAUAUUUAUUAAGUGGGUGGCUGUGCGUGACUUUUCCCCCGCGGGUAGCCCACCGAAAUAGACCGGGUGCUCGCCUGAAAGCUGAAAUACGGACUCGUGUUGACGUGGGACUGUUUGGAGAGUUUCGGACGAUGUGCGUUUGGACUUAGAGUCGGCCGCGAUAAUGUUGCCCUACCAGGCGGUGGCUAUGGACUACGCGGUGGCCUCCGCGGGCUUCCACCACCACCAGCGGCCCGGCGGGUUGCCGGGAGUGAUGGGCCUCCCGGGGCCGGGCCCGGGCCUCAACCCGGGCCUGAACUCGGCCUUCACCCAUUCCUGGUUCGUACAGACAAGCCCGGAUAUCUGUCGGCAGCAACAAGCAUCCAACCAAUCGCAUCUCGAACCUGGCAUUCUCGAGCUCCGAAAAGAGAAAUCCCGUGACGCGGCUCGUUCCCGCCGCGGGAAAGAGAACUACGAGUUCUACGAGCUGGCGAAGAUGCUGCCUCUCCCGGCCGCCAUCACCAGCCAGCUGGACAAGGCCUCCAUCAUCAGACUGACCAUCAGCUACCUCAAACUCCGGGACUUCUCCGGGCACGGGGAUCCCCCCUGGAGCCGGGACUCCCCGCCCACUAGCAAGACUUUAAAAGGUGCCCAAAGCAGGCGGACGGCGGCGGGGCUGGCUAUGGAGCUGUUCGAGCAGCACCAGGGCACGCACAUACUGCAGUCGCUGGACGGUUUCGCGUUGUCGGUGGCAGCUGACGGGAGGUUCCUCUACAUAUCGGAGACUGUUUCUAUAUAUUUAGGAUUAUCACAAGUGGAGAUGACGGGUAGCAGUAUAUUCGACUACGUCCACCAGGCUGAUCACGCGGAGAUUGCUGAGCAGCUGGGCCUGUCGCUCGCCGGAAGGUCAGGGGCACUCAGCAGCCCCUCCAGUGAAGAGGGCAGUCAACACGGGACCAAUAACCCUGAUGUAUCAUCUCAAAUGAGUCUGGCAGCCAGUGGGACGCUGUACCGAGGAAUGGAUCGAGCGUUCUGCGUCAGAAUGAAAAGCACCCUCACCAAACGAGGCUGUCACUUCAAAUCUUCAGGAUAUAGGGUGGUACUAAUGCUGUGCCGUCUGCGGCCACAAUACACCUUCUCCCACAGUCGGAAGGCGCCACCGCAGCUUCUGGGAAUGGUGGCGCUGGCCAUCGCGCUCCCACCACCAUCGGUCCACGAGAUCAGGCUGGAGUCUGACAUGUUCGUGACGAGGAUCAACUUCGACUUCCGAAUAGCGCACUGCGAACCCAGCAGGGUAUCGGAGUUGCUGGGCUACACGGCGGAGGAGCUGACGGGCAAGAACCUGUACGCGCUCUGCCACGGCGAAGACGCCAACAAGCUGAGGAAAUGUCACGUUGAUUUGAUGAACAAGGGUCAAGUGCUGACCCACUACUACCGGCUGAUGAACAAGCUCGGUGGGUACACGUGGAUGCAGACCUGCGCCACCGUCGUCUGCUCCUCCAAGAACGCUGAUGAGCAGAACAUCAUCUGUGUCAAUUAUGUUAUCAGUGGUCGAGAGUAUCCCAACACUGUCAUGGACUGCUGCCAACUAGAAGAAAGCGUGCAGGGCGUCAAACGGGAGGAGAUCACGGGAGACCCCGAAAACGGGCCUCCAGACGCCGACAGCGGCGCUCCGCCCCCUCCCCCGAGACACGCGGCAGAGAGGACCGAAGCCCCCAACAAUAACGACUCAGCUUCGACCGCCCCUCCCACUUCUGACGUCACCCAUCUCACCAGACUAAGCGACACCCAACCUCUUCCGCUGCAUACCACCCCAGAAAGAACAUCCCCCAUGCCAGCCCGAAGACUAAAGAAGCGGAAACAUACAACAGACUGCGAGGAGGAUGCCGACAAAGAUGAUGACAGACGAAAGAGCUCCUCAAAUCCCGGGGCGGCCAUGUCGCCGAUAGAGCGAGAGAACAUCAACAAAAACAUGGCCAUCUCCGAAGGGACCGACGCAACCUCGGUAAGAGAUCUCGAGAAUGCCAUGUCCAAACAUCUCCCGGCUCUGGACGGAAAGGAAAUAGCGCACAGGCCGACAGAUUUCUCGACAGAUGCUCUGUUGAAGCAACAGCAGAAGUCGACUAUACAGUGGAUAGGGACGCAGAACCACCACAUUAAUCACUUGAACAGACAAAUCCCAGGGAACCACAGCUCGACGCCGGCUUCCGCGCUGCUGAGGCAGCUGUACGCGAACCGAGAGAGCGUGAUCCGGAGUAAUUUCCUAGGAGAUGGUAGAACUGGGGGAUACUACUCCGGUGAUGGGCAGUCCGGGCCUCUACCUACGCCACCGGGCAGCGAAGGCUCAGGAUACGGCGAGCAAUUAGGCCAUAAGAAUACAGACAUCGGUUCCUUGGCUUACGGAGGAUAUGCUGACUACCAUUCCGCAAUGACUCCGCCGGGCUCCGUGUCUCCGAGAGACAAGCAGCAGUAUGCUCUGUCGUACGACAACAGCGCUUAUUCCGAGGCGUUAAGGCAUUCCUAUCUAGGGGAAGCCGCCUUGCCACUGAAGCCUCAAGCCUACUCCGCGGUUCCCGGCGCUCUCGACUACGCGCCGCUCGACCAGUCCCAGUUUUUCCAUCCGUCGUCGUCGUUCCACCUGUACCACCCCCAGGCCCAUGCGCACGCCCAGCAGCCCGACAAGUCCGCCCCGCCCAACACCAACUGGUACUCCGCCAACUCAUAGCUGUUCCACUAAAACGUCCAUUGUUUUGUUUCUUGUUAUUGCAUUUUUGUUGUGUGCUCGCGGAUGGAUGGAUGGAUAGAUGCAGCUUACUAUUUAUGAUAGAGUUACUUUUUGUACAUUGUAGUGUCACAAAAAUGUGCCAACGGGAGGUUUUUUUGGUCGAACACUUUGUGCCAAAGUAUGAAAGUAUGGGAACGUAUUUAGCAGCGAAUCUUUUGUAAGAUAAGGAUCGGUAAUUGUAAAAUAUAUGAGAAUAGUGUAUGGUUUAGCCCGAAACUUUAAUGCCCAGGACAGUUUGGGCCUCCGGCUUCUUGCAUAUCAUUCUAAAACGUAAGGCUUCUUGUAAAUUAUUGUAAAAUACACUUGACUGUAUUUAGGUAUUCCUGUAAAUGAUAGAAGUUGUAUAUUAUUAUUUAGGCUAAGCUGUAAAUAUGUUCUGUAAGACAAUUUUCGAUAAUGCUCAAAGACUUUUUGUUACAUUUCUUUAUUUAAGACUAGAUUAUUUUUUUUUCUGGAAAUCGUGCGUUUCCUUCUACAAAAUUUAGGUUAAAUAAUAUGAUAUUAAAUAUGUAAGGCAACAUUCGGGAAAAUAAUAUGAUUUUGUGUUUUCCAAAGUAGAUCAACCUUAACACAAAGCAAAAAUGAAUUACUAUUAAACUUGAUAUAUUGUCGGGCAUUAUGAUAAAACAUAAU